AUGGCGACAUCAAAGAGCAACGCGUCAGCGCUGCUGCAGCAGCAAAAACGGAGAACAGUUUCCUCGUGCGCAAGAAGCAGCGGAGGAGAAGUGCAGCGGGAGACGUAUCCUCUCAUCAUCGUUACCUUCAUCGUCACCAUCAUCAUCAUCAUCUUCAUCUUCGUCAUCUUCAUCGUUUUCAUCUCCUUUGUUAUGGUCAUCUUGAUUACCUUCGUCUUCACCAUCUUUACAAUCAUCAUCGUCAUCAUCGCCAUAUCUUUUUUUUGCUCCUCCCACAACGGCAACAGCAACGCCAUCAUCAUCGUCAUCUUCCGCACCAUCAUCGCGAUCGCAGUACCGCGAAGCAGAAAACAAAGCAGCAACCGGAAUCGCCGCCGUCAUCAUCGCAGUAAGGCGACAAAAACAACAACAACAGCAGCAGCAGCCCUCACCGUCAUCCUCGUCACUAUGGCGAUAAGACAAGUACACACGGAAGAGCUGGUGGCGAUCCUCUUCUUUCAGCUGUGGGCGGCCCUCCUCUUCCGCCUCCUGCACCUCCUCGUUGCCCUCCGCUUCCCUCUUGGCUCGCUCCAUCUUCCUCUUUGCAGCUCCAAAAAAAACUAA